UGUUCUCGGGUGCGGCUUCGUUUUCGCCUCCUCGCUGAAGGGGCCGAUUCGCCCGCGAGGGCGGCUGGGAAGGGGCAGUCGGCGGGUCGCGCGCGGCCUGGAUCGUCUCUUCUCGGUGUCUCCAGUCUCCACUUUUCUCCUCCGCCUUCGUCGCCGCCUCCGCCUCCGCCCCCCUCGCGAGCACCCCCCCUCUUCCACCUCCUGUGGCGCCGCUGGGGCGGUGGAGGCGCGGAGCGCCGCUGGGCGGCUUCGCGGCGGCGCCGCCGGCCAGGCGGGAGUGCCGCCGCGGUUUCGCGAGGCGCAUCGGGGGUUACCUGCAAUACUACGGGAUGAUGAAGAACCAGGAGGGCAUGCUGCGGGACGACGCGCGCGUGGAGGGUUACCGCGCUGCGCUGGAGGCUGCUGCCCCGCAGCUGCGGGGCGCGACUGUGAUGUGCCCCUCAAUCGGCACUGGCUCCGGGCUGCUGGCUUUCCUCGCGGCGAAGUACGGCGCCCGCCGCGUGUACGCCGUGGAGGCCUCCCCGCAGAUGGCGCGCGUGGCCUCAAGGCUCGCGCGCGCAAACGGAUUCGUCGGUGUGGUGCAGGUACUCCCGAAGCAGGUGGAGGACAUUACCGAGGAGGAAGUCGCCACGGGCAGCGUGGACGUGAUCGUCUCGGAGCUGUUCUCCCACUUCUCGGGCCUGGGGCUCCAGGCGGUGACGGAGGCCAAGCGGCGUUUCUUGCGGCCUGGCGGGCUCGUGCUGCCGGCCAUGUCGAGGCUGUUCCUCUCCCCUUUCGAGGACCGGGCGCUCGGGGCCGAGCUGCGGGCGAGGCACAGCUUCUGGCAGGAGCGCGACUUCCGCGGGCUGGGCCUCGACCUCAGUGCGGCCUGGCCCCUUGCGGAGGAGCAGGCCCUGAAGCAGAACGUGAUGGACGUGGUGCCGCCCGAGGCGCUCCUGGUGCCGCCGGGGGAGAGCCCCUGGGCGGAGCUCGACCUGGCGGGCCCCACGACCCCGACCACUGGCGCAAGAUCGGCUUCGACGUCGCGUUCCCGCGCCGCAGCAAGGACGCGGUCGUGGACGGCCUCUGCGGCUGGUGGGAUGUGACCUUUGCGGGCGUCGCCGGCCCGGGCGGCGCGGCGCCAGUGCUGUCGACCGCGCCGGGCGCUCCGCCCACGGUGUGGGUGCAGUGCCGGUUCAUGCUGGAGCAGCCGCUGCGGGCGAAGGCUGGCGAGCGGCUCACGGCCAGGUGCGACUUGGUGGUGAACCAGUCCGCGGAGUCGUACGUCGCCCGCCUGGAGCUGCGCAACGAGAGCACCGGCGCAGUGUCCCCUGCCGGGCCCAUCGAGCUGAGCAACGUGUACGCGAGGCACUUUGCGGCCGCGGGCGUGAGAUAACGGGGGGCAGCGCGCGUCGCGCCGGCGGCGCGGCGGGCAAAA